AUGCUGUUUUACAGACCUUGUUCUUUAUCGUUCACCAAGGUAAACUUUCCCCAAUUCCUUAGGUUCAUCUCAUCAAUACAUUUUUACUCUACAUUUUUACCAUCAUCAUCAUUACAACAAAAUAACCAUGCCAAACACUUGUUUAACCAUUCUUUUAUCUCUAAAUUGAAACCUCACGAUGUAGAACCAAUUCUGUAUGGUUUACGUGAAAGACCCGCUUUAGCAAUUCGGUUCUUUGAAUGUUGUGUUCAUUAUAUAGGUUUACAUGAUCAAAAGAUUGAAUCUUUUUGUUGUCUUGUACAUUUGCUGGUUAGAAAAAGAAUGUUUGAUCAUGCACGCAAGGUGUUUGAUAAAAUGACACAAAGAGUUGGGGAUUUUAAUUGUUUUGAUGCUUUUUUUGUGGGUGUUAGGACUUAUGAUUCGAAUGCCACCAAUGUUUAUAGUUUCCUGAUUGAUAGUUAUUGUCGGGUUGGGAAGGUUGGUCAGGCAGUUGACAUCUUUUUUCGGAUGUCCAGGGUCGGUAUUCCUGUGUCACAAUGUGCAUUAAUAAAAAUGUCGAGCUGUUUGAUUGAUUUAAAGAGGAUUGAUAUGCUAACAGAUGUGUAUCAUGUAUUUGGUAGUGAUGAUUGUUCUAAGAAUUUAAGUUUGAAUCUAUACGGGUAUGUAACAGGUACUUUUUUCAAGAAGGGUGAGGCAAGUUUAGGAUUUGAGUUUCAUAGAGAUAUUAUUGGAAAAGGGUUUGUGCCUAAUGUAGUUACUUGUAAUAAGAUCAUGAAAGGUCUUUGCAAUGACAAGUGUUUAGGAGUUGCUCAUGACUUCUUAUCUUUACUGAUAGAGGUAGGUCCAAAACCGACAGUGGUAACAUUUAGCACAUUAAUAAAAGCAUAUUGUAAGGAAUCAAAACUUGAAGAAGCGUUUCGACUUUAUGAUCUGAUGCUGGUAAAGGGAAUCACUCCUGAUCUAGUUGUAUAUAGUAUAUUAGUUGAUGGUCUUUUCAGGGCAGGCAAGUUGGAGGAAGGGCAUCAAGUAAUUUUGGUUGCAUUAGAUAAAGGCAUUAUUUUAGAUGUAGUGGUUCUUAGCUCCAUGAUAGAUGCAUGUGUAAAACAGGGAAAUCUAGAAAAAGGUUUUGGAGUAUACAAAAAAAUGCUCAAGUUGGGGAUCAAGCCGAGUAUAGUUACGUAUGGCAUCCUUAUUAAUGGAAUGUGUCUAAAUGGGAGGGUUCAUGAGGCCAUUGGCAUUUUUGGUCAAGUUUUGAAACAGGGUCUUGAGCCAUCUGAUUUAGUCUAUACCAGUCUUAUUGAUGGCAUGUGCAAAUCUGGGAAUUUAAGAUAUGGGUUCCGGUUAUAUGAUGAAAUGGUAAAUUUUGGUCAUACUCCAGAUGCAACAGUAUAUAGUACGCUUAUAAAUGGUCUUACAAAACAAGGUAGGAUGCAUGACGCUGUUCGAUUCUUUUAUCAGUCACUUAACAAUAAUUUAGAACCUAGUAUAGUUGCUUACAACACCUUGAUUGAUGGUUUCUGUAAAUUGAAGCUAAUGAAGGAUGCUGUGAAAUUGUACACUGAUAUGGGUACAUAUAAUCUAAAAGCUGACAUAGUUACUUACACGGUGCUGAUCAAAGCAAUUAUCGAGUCAGGAAGGCUACUCGAGGCAUUGAUUCUCCUUUUUAAAGCUUUGAAGAGUGGGCUUUCACCUGAUAAUGUUACAUAUUCCACCCUUAUAGAUGGAUUUUGUAAAGAAAAGAAUGUUACGAUUGGAUUAUGGAUUCUUAAGCUGAUGAUCAAGAACGGAGUUGUACCUGAUAUUGCUAUUUACAAUGUUUUGAUAAACGGUCUUUUUAUAAGUGGCGAAUUAGGAAAGGCAUUGGACCUCUUCAAGUAUGUUCAGAAGUGUGGACCUGAACCUGAUAUUAUGACCUAUAACACAAUGAUCAGUGGCUAUUGCUCUUUGCAGAUGUUAAAUGAAGCUUUUCAACUUUACAAACAGAUGGAUCUUUGGAGACAAAAACCUAAUGUCGUUACUUACACGAUCUUGAUUGAUGCAUACUGCAAAGAAGGUAAAGUUGAAGAUGCAAUGUCGCUAUUUUCACUUAUGUUAGAAAAGGGUUUAGAAGCUAAUGUGGUUACAUACGGUAGUUUAACAGAUGGCCAUUUUAAAAACUUGAAAAUGCAAACUGCUCUUGAAUUACAUGAAAUGAUGGUCAAGAACAAUGUUUCUCCAAAUAUUGUGAGCUACAGUAUCUUGAUUGACGGUCUUUGCAAACGGGGAUUAAUGGAGGAAGCAUUAUUAGUAUUUAAUGAUGCUUUACGAAGGCGUUUGUUGCCAGAUGUUAUAAUAUAUGGGAUUAUGAUACAUGGUUACUGUAAGGUUGGGAGAUUAGGUGAUGCCAAGUCAAUGUAUAGCCAAAUGCUUAAAGAAGGGGUUAUCCCUGAUACAAUCUUACAAAGAAUCAUCCAGGAGUAUGGUGUCGUCCAUUUUUGAUAUACAAAGUUAUUUUUUGAUGAAUAUAAUGGAUUUUAUUUUUA